CUCAAACACCAAAGCAAACACACGCACAGAGAGCAUUGUGAAGUGACUGCGAGAGUACAAUACAGUCAAAGAGAUCACAUGGUACCGAGGAUUUGACUUUCUCCAGGUGGAAAAGAAAGUAGAAAGAACUGGUUCAGCAGGUAAACCGGCAUGGGACGACUGCGCUUAUGUGGAUCUGUUUGCUAACACACUGAGGUGAUGCAGUAAAUAUUUGAACAAAUCAAACCGAAAAUCUCCAGCCUACUCAAGAUACGACUCGGAGAGAGAGUUUCUACUGCGGUGACACAAUGACAUCAAAUCAUAAAACCUGGACAUUCUCCUCCAUGCGGUCUAAGACAAGACCAGCACUUGAUGAAGGGGAAAAUCCUUUCAGGAGGAGAUUAUUUUCUUCUUUCAGAAAUGAUCGACGUGAACAAAGGUCUCAUGAAGAUGGUUCCAGUGAUCUAGACAAAAGACGAGCUUUCUCAGAUGGAGGAAUUGAUACCAACAAAGGUGUCUUUCUCCCAGGUGAAGAUUCUCCAGACAUGGGAGCCAUGAAGAGGAUCAGUACCUUAUUUACGUCUUUCCGUGGGAAAAUCAACAAAGACAGAACUAGCAAGGAGCCAGAGUUACCUGCUAGCACAGAGCUUUCUCCUGUGGAAGAAAAGGCGAAGGAGCAGCGAUACGCCAGCGGGCAGUUUUUCUUCGAAUAUCUGGUGGUGGUUCGUCCUAAGAAGACCAAAGAUGGGAUAUAUGAGCCACAGAUCAACUAUCAGUUCCCUAAGAAGGAUGGCAUGGUGCGAUUUCAGAAGGAGGAGGAAGAGAAGACGUUAAAGGCACUGACCCUCUUCUGCUUUCCGGAAGGUGUUAACUGGGCGCCCUUAACAGAAUAUCCCAGUGAAACAUUCUCUUUCGUGCUUACAGAUGUUGAUGGAACAAGGAAGAAUGGAUACUGUAGGAGGCUGCUGCCUGAUGGGAAGGGUGCUCGUCUGCCUGAAGCCUACUGCAUCAUCAGUAAUGUAGCCUGUUUUGGGCUCUUUUCCAAGAUCUUUGAUGAGGUGGAGCAGCGCAGAAAGAUCUCCAUGGCUAUGAUUUAUCCAUUUAUGCAGAGCCUGAGGGAGGCGGCGUUUCCAGCCCCUGGAAACACAGUUAAUAUCAAGAGCUUUAUUCCAGAAAGAGGCACUGAGAUCAUCAGUUUGACCCGUCCGACAGACUCGUGGCUGGAGCAUGUGGAUUUCCGCACGCUGUUCAGAUGCCUGUCAGAUGAUGAGGUUCUUCAGGUGUUUGCCUCUACUGUGCUUGAGCGGAGGAUUAUCUUCAUCGCUGAGGAGCUUGGUACAUUGUCUCAGGUGAUCCACGCUGUGGCUGUUCUCCUCUAUCCAUUCAUCUGGCAGCACACGCUUAUUUCCAUCGUUCCUGAGAUCCUCAUAGAUGUUGUGAUGGCGCCCACUCCAUACCUGCUAGGGGUCCAGAAAAGACUCGCCCAUUUAAUCACCGACCAGACCGAUCUGCUUAUUGUUGACUUGUCAGAAGGCAGGAAGGAGACGUUUAUCAAGUGUAUUGGAGACGAGGACACGAUAUUACCUCACAAACUCAGAGAUGAAAUCAAGCAGGCCCUCAGUGCCAAAAAUGACAAAUCAAGUCUUGAGGAAUUAAAUCGGGUGGUUCCAGAAGCUUUUCUGCCAUUCUUUAUCAAGACUGUGGGCCACUUUGCCAAACACAUCACAAGGAAAGGACAAGACAAGAGAGGCGAAUUCCAGCAACUUAAUUUCUGUAAAGCAAUAGAGUCCAAAAGCACGAGAAAGUUUGUGAAGAAGUUUGUACAGACGCAGAUGUUUGACCUCUUCAUUCAGGAGAUGGAACAGAGACCUGCUUCACAGGACGGCAAAGGGAUAUUUGAGAGAAAGAUUGCCGAAUACCACAAAAAGAUGAGAGAGAAAGCCAAGAAACAGUAGUGGCAGCACUCACCACCAGUAGCUGGUUGUAAAUCUCAUGUGAAAUAACGGUAGACUAGUAAAUAAUUGUAAGGAAUGUAGAUAGAAUUGAAUGUCCGAUUAUUUUUUAUUUAUGUCUUCGUGUGUUCGGUUUGUCAUUCAUGUUGGGGUUUGUUGUGCAUCAGGGGUAACCGUAUUGUGAUAUGCUGCUGUAUUUAAUGUUUGCAAGGCUUGUUUCGGCUUGUCACAGAAACUGAGCCAGACGCAAUUCUCUAAAUGUAUUUUAAAAGGAAACAACAGAUUCAGUAUGACAUUUAAAUUAAAUAAAAGAUACAUUUCAUCUCCA